CGGAGGCGGAAGUGGCGCGGCCGUCGCUCUUAGGCUCUCACUGCCGGCUCCGGGUUCUGCGAGGAGCCUCCUGCCAGCCGCCCCGUCUCCCUGCCCUCGCUGCCCCUCCAUGUGCCCGGGCGCCGCCGCUCCGCCUCGGGCCGCUGCUCACCCCGGGGUCUAUGGAAGUGAUGGAAGGACCCCUCAACCUUGCUCACCAACAGAGCCGACGAGCAGACCGUUUGUUAGCUGCUGGAAAAUACGAAGAGGCGAUUUCUUGUCACAAAAAGGCAACAGCAUAUCUCUCUGAAGCCAUGAAGCUGACAGAGUCUGAGCAGGCUCACUUAUCACUGGAACUGCAAAGGGACAGCCACAUGAAACAGCUUCUUCUCAUCCAGGAGAGGUGGCAGAGGGCAAAGCGAGAGGAGCGGUUGAAAGCCCAGCAGAGCACUGACCGGGACGGAGCCCCCCACCUGCAGGCAUCUCACAGGCCCUCUGAGGAUUCGGAAGGCCAGAGCCCUCUUCUUUCUCAGACAUACAUCCCUUCCACAGAGAGGCGCCUCCCCGAGGUGCAGGGCGUCUUUGACAGGGAUCCAGACACAUUGCUGUUUUUACUUCAGCAAAAGAAUGAGCCAUCAGAGCCCUGUAUUGGAAGCAAAGCCCCAAAAGAUGAUAAGACGAUUAUAGAGGAGCAGGCAACCAAAAUAGCAGAUUUGAAGAGGCACGUGGAGUUCCUUGUGGCCGAGAAUGAAAGAUUAAGGAAAGAAAAUAAACAGCUCAAGGCUGAAAAGGCCCGACUCCUGAAAGGCACGACCGAGAAGGAAGUGGACGUCGAUGCAGACUUUGUAGAGAGGUCAGAGCUGUGGGGCUUACCUCCACACACGGAGUCCGCCACUGCCUCUUCAACCUGGCAGAAGUUUGCAGCUAACACGGGGAAAGCCAAGGACAUUCCAAUACCCAACCUUCCUCCUCUGGAUUUCCCAUCUCCAGAGCUUCCUCUGAUGGAGCUCUCGGAGGACAUUCUGAAAGGAUUCAUGAAUGAUUAAGAUGGAAGGCCAUUGGAGAGGCUGGUGACACAGUUAAUCCAGAAAAGAAUAUAAAGGGAAAGCCACGCCCCAGGGGAAUGCCAGAGAUGCUCCUUCAUCUGGUGUGCUGUGGGAGAAGAGGCGGUGCCAGGCCCUGGGAAAGUCACUGUGAAGCAUCACUUACCUUCUUCGCGCCUGAAGCUCAUGAUUCCGACUUGGCCGACACUGAGCUCUUGGAGGUUCGCUUUCUCAUGAUACAAACCAAACGGCUACCUGGAAUAAUUUUUCAAACAGUUAUUUUUCUUAUCUUCAGGGUUAAAUGUAUAAAAGUAUGUCAUGUAUAAUUAAUCUAUAAUGCCAUAAAUGAUAAUGCAAAAGCUAAAUAUGGUGGCCUGAGAGGCUCACUUGUAUUUGGAACAUGCUUUCUAUCAUGCGUUGACUGUAUGCAUUUUAUGCACAUUUUGUUUGUUGGAGAUAUGGUGUGUAAGAUACACGCUUCCAGAUGGAACUGUAUGUGCCACGUUUGCACUACUCGUAACAUAAUGAUAACCUCAAGACUAUCAGGAGAAAUAUUUAAAUUUCCAUUUUAUGAAGAAAGGAACCAAAUUAUUAGUUACGCUUUUUAAAAAAAUUACCAGUUUACAUAAUUAAUCAGGGUGCAUUUAAGUUCUAACUUUGUGUUAUGUGAUGCAUCAUUUGAAAAUACUGAGGGGCUCUCCUUCAUGCUGAAUGAUGCGUGAAAGCAAUGCUAGUUAGCAGUAUUUGAUUGUAAGAAAUAAAUAAAAUAAUUGUGUUUCAUA